UUCGCGAUCGAUUUCAGGCGGACUACUAUUCGAAAACCGUGACAAUAUGAAUGGUCCAAACGUAGCAAACGCUAGUGCCACCUUCGACCUAAGUCCGGUUAUCAACAAUGUAUCACUCAGUCUGUACGGUGCUGCCUCAUCCAUGCAACCAGAGGGAAAUUUUUUGUUGUCACCUAUCAGUAUUCUGUAUUCGGCGGUACUGAUAUAUCUGGGUGCUCGUGGAUCCAGCCGAGAUAAUCUGUACUCGGCGCUGGACUUUCAUGAAUUCUCCAAAUCUGGAUCCAACGACGAUAUCGCCGGAGCCUUCAGUCAGCUUAUGAGCAACCUGAAACUGGCAGCUCGGUCCAAUUCUACCACAAAAGUUACAACCAAAAAGGAUAGAAAUACCGGAAAUCAGAAGUAUCAAUUUCAGCUGGCGUUAGCUAAUGGGGCCUUCCUUCGGCAAGGCCUUGUAGCCGACCAGAACUACUUAGCAACAGUCAACGGAAAUCUAAAAGCAGCCAUUGCCACCAAAGAUUUCAUCGGUCAUCCCGAUCAAGCUCGUCAGGAUAUCAACAAGUGGACAGCGGAACGCACUGGAGGUCACAUCACAGACCUCUUUCCACCAGGCUCCAUCGAUAGCAACGCGGUUGCCGUUCUGGCCAACGCUAUUUACUUCAAGAGCCGCUGGGAGCAAAUAUUUGAUAAAGACGAUACCGAAAGCGAGGCUGUGUUCUAUCUCUUGAAUAACGAAACGACUACCGUCGACAUGAUGCACAUGUCUAUAUCAUUGGAAAGAUGGAAUUACGUGGAGGACACGGAACUGGAUAUCCAGUAUGUAGAGGUGCCUUACUACGAGAAAGAAGCUUCUAUGCUGAUUUUUCUGCCGAAGCAGAAUGACGGACUGCGGAGUCUGGAGAAGAGACUCGCAGCAAAGGACAUCCACAAACUGGCCGAAAAAGCGGCACAGAAUCCGAAACUGGUCAGUCUGAGUCUGCCCAAGUUCAAAGUGGACAGCGGUUUCGACAUGGUGGAUAUGCUGAAAACGAUUGGUGUGAGCGAUAUUUUCAUGGAGAAUGCCGAUUUAAGCGGAAUGGUACCCGAUGGACAGGUCUACGUUGGCAAAGCUUUCCACAAAACCGUUAUUGAUGUGGACGAAGAGGGAACCGAAGCUGCCGCUGCCAGUGGUUCAGUUACGCAGUUGCGCAGAAUGGUAUACCCGGUAGCGUUUUUGGCCGAUCAUCCAUUUAUGUACGCUAUUCGCCAUAAUCCAUCGAAGGCGAUUCUGUUCAUUGGUCGCUUCGAAAAAUGAGCUACGUGCUGUGCAAUCGUUGAUGUGUGGCUUCCUGUACGGGUCAUGAUGGUAGGGCAGUUUCUACACACUACAAAUUGAGAAGUUUACUCUGUUGUAGUACGGUACGUACGCGCUACGCUUCUUGUACUGUG